AUAGAGUGACGUCAUGUCACACAGCGUAAACAUAAGCGUUUGACAGAUGGUAUCCCAAACCAGAUUUUCAAAGUGUCUAGCGCUGUAUAUUAAAAUAUUUUAAGAUGUCACAGAAGGAUCCAUGUCAGAAGCAGGCUUGUGAGAUACAGAAAUGUUUACAAGCUAACAGAUACAAUGAAAGUCGUUGUGAGAGUGUGAUACAAGCCAUGAGGAAGUGCUGUGAAGCUCAUGCUGGAGAAAACUCAGUGUGCUGCUCCGGAUUUGUCAUACAACACAAAUCUACAGGGACGACAACAUGAAUACAUUGAUAUGUUUGAGUGAUCCAUGUGGAUAUCUACGGCAACCAUCAAUGGACAGUUUACCACAUGGUGUAUGAAAGGACGUGGAGAAUAAACAUUUAUCAAAAGCACUGUAAUUGUGUAAUUUUAAUCACUUUUAAGCUACCAAUAAAAUGAAACUCUUCAGUAAAUCA